CGUUCCUGGGGUGACAUUAGGCACUGAUGUGUCUGGCUUCAGCUCCAUCAGUCUUUGCUGGCUUCCUCUGGAGCUGACAUCCAGGACCUCCCUCUCUCUUUCCUCAGCUUCUCAAAGUGGGCUUCGGUGAAACAGGAAGCGGGCACCUUUUGGCCUUUGUCCGCGUGGAGACUACGGGCAUUGCCAACAGCAGGUACCCAUCCACAGACUGAAGAUUACAGCUGGUGUGAUCCAGAACAGCAGGAGGAUCAUUGUGACUGAACUCUUUCUUGCAAUAAAGUGAAUAACAAACAGAUUUAAUUACUUCCAUUGAUAAGAAAAUUAUAUAAAAGAGGCUGUUGAAGUCAGCAUCAGAACAGUGGCAGAAUGGCAAAGCUUCUUGCAACAGCGGUGCUCUUGCUGGCGUGCCUGGAACUGGGCUCCGCCUACAGACUGGUUUGUUACUUCACAAACUGGGCUCAGUACCGACCCGGGGAGGGGAAAUACCUGCCCAGCAAUGUGGACCCCUGCCUGUGCACACACAUCAUCUACGCCUUCGCCGGGAUGAAGAGCAACCAGAUCUCCACCUACGAAUGGAACGACCCGAAACUCUACCACGAAAUCAACAGCCUGAAGAACAAGAAUGCAAACCUCAAGACCCUCCUGUCGAUCGGUGGCUGGAACUUUGGAACUCAGAAAUUCAGUGCCAUGGUGGCCUCGGCGGGAACUCGCCAGAUCUUCAUCAAGUCUGUGAUCAGCUUCCUGAGGGGUUAUGGCUUUGAUGGUUUGGACAUCGAUUGGGAAUAUCCUGGGUCUAGAGGGAGUCCUUCCGUUGAUAAGCACCUCUUCACCGUUCUGGUCCAGGAACUGAUGGCAGCCUUUGAGGCUGAGGGUAAGAGCAGCGGGAAACCAAGACUGUUGCUGUCAGCGUCUGUGGCUGGAGGGAAGAGUAACAUCGAUACUGGCUAUGAAGUUUCUCAGAUUGGACAGGUUCUGGACUUCAUCAAUGUGAUGACCUACGAUUUUUACGGACCCUGGAGUCGGGUGACUGGGGAGAAUAGCCCCCUCUACGCCCUCCCCAAUAACCAGGAUCAGACCAACCUGUACUUCAAUGUGGACUAUGCAAUGAACUAUUGGAAGAACAAAGGAGCCCCAGCAGAGAAGCUGAACGUUGGCUUCCCCACAUACGGACACUCCUUCCGGCUGACCACAUCCAACACCGGGCUCUUAGCCCCAGCAGGAGGGCCGGGGCCAGCUGGCAAAUACACCAGGCAGGCCGGGUUUUUGGCUUACUAUGAGAUCUGUACGUUCUUGAAUGGCGCCAGCAAGGUGUGGGACGCCCCACAGAUGACUCCGUACACCUUCAAAAAUGGAAUCUGGAUCGGGUAUGACAACCAGAAGAGCUUUGGAGACAAGGUUGAGUGGCUGAAGAAGAACAACUUUGGAGGAGCCAUGGUGUGGGAUCUUGCCCUGGACGACUUCUCUGGCGCCUUCUGUCACCAGGGACCCUACCCUCUCAUUAACACUCUGCGCAGUGGCCUUGGGAUUUCUGGAGCUUGCGUUCCAUCCAAGACAACGUUGGCACCGGUGGUUCCUCCUACUCAGGCCCCAAGCGGUGGCGGCAGCGGUGGGAGCGGUGGCGGCAGUGGCUUCUGCGCCGGCAAGUCUAACGGUAUCUACGCUGAUCCCAAGAGCAAGAACACGUUUUACCAGUGCUUCAAUGGAAGGACGUUUGUGAAACACUGCGCAACUGGGCUGGUCUUUGAUCCUUCCUGUGACUGCUGCAACUGGGCUUAAAGAAAAGAAAGCACUUAUCUCCACUCAAUAACAACAGCAAGAUGAUGCCACUUCUUCAACUGUCAUGCUCAGAGAUAAUUCUUGCAGUUGAAACAAUAAAAUAAAGUCAUUACUUCCAGCAGAUAAA